UAACACUCUUUAGUGACACCCCCACCACGGAAUGCACCAAUUGCUAGAAACCGCCAUCUUGAAUUCAACACACAUUCUUGACAUGGACGACGACGAUAUCCCGACUCUCGUCGAAUCCGAUGUUCCGCUGCUGACUGAGGACAGCCAGACUUCAGCGGUUGCUGAGCAUAAAACUGUCCCACUCACUAUCAUAUGUGGGUUCCUGGGAGCAGGAAAGUCAACUUCGAUCAAGCGCAUAUUGACCGAACGUCAUGGCUACCGCAUUGCAGUUAUUAUGAACGACUUUGGCGACACUGCGGACAUAGAAGCAAAGACGAUCAAUGUCUCUUCACCAGACGAGCCUGAGAGCGAACCAGCGGAAGAAUUCCUCGAACUCGCAAACGGAUGUCUAUGCUGUAGCAUCAAGGACAUUGGCAUCGCCUCUAUCGAGAAGCUCAUGCAACGCAAAGGCGCUUUCGACCAUAUUCUUCUGGAGACGACUGGUCUAGCAGAUCCAGGUCCGAUUGCAUCUAUGUUUUGGCAAAACGAAGAAUUUGCUCAAGGCUUGGGUAAAGAUAUCCAUCUUGAUGGAGUCGUCUGUGUAGUUGACGCAGUUUUCGGAAAGAAGCAAAUGGAAGAAGACCACGCCUCUAACGGAAUCGGCGAGAGCCUCCGGCAAAUAGCCUGUGCAGAUGUGAUCCUCCUGAAUAAGUCUGACCUCGCGCCCCCGCCUGAACUCGAUAACCUCCAAGAACUUGUCAGUCAUAUUAACCCAGCGGCAACAAUUUACCGAACAACUCGAGGAGAGAUCGACUUGAGAUACAUCAUGGGCAUAGACGCAUAUUCAGCCAGGAGAGUCCUUCCCAAGGAAACCCUGGCUGGACAUAGUCAUGCUUCACAUCCUGAUUCUUCAUGCAGCGAAGCUGGUCAUGAUCAUACCCAUGAACGCGAUCCACAUCACUAUGAGAUCCGCGGAAUAUCAAGUCUCCAAGUCUCCUGUCCUCCACUCAAACAGUCGAAAUUGCAGCAAAUUGACGAAUGGAUACGAACAGUCCUUUGGGAGAAUCGGCUGCCCGAUGAUCCUCAAGGUUCGCCGCCUGUACAAAUCCUCCGAUGUAAGGGUAUAUUUAGGGUUGAGGGUGGAGAGACGUAUGUAUUGCAAGGCGUUCGAAGUUUGUACGAGAUUUCGUCAAUACAGGAGACCCCCUCGGCGGAUAUGGGUUUGCCUGGCGAGGGUAAAUUAGUGUUUAUUGGGAAGGGGCUAGAGGAUCGAGUUCGUAGAAGCCUCGAGACACUUCUGCAAUAAUGUGUACAAUAUCAUUGUAAACCUUUGUAAUAUUAGACGGAGCCUCAGCAACUGUAACACAAAGGAGGCAUCAUAAUCAUAGCAGAAAGAGCAUAGUAUUAUCGAUAUUUCCAACAUUGUAAGUUUGUGAAUGCAAAGAACCGAAAGCGAAGUAUAAAUUGUACAGCAUAAGUCAAGCGAUGGUGAAUGAUACAUAUAGAUAGCACAAUGACCGAUAUCCAGGUAUCAUGAUCAGUCCCGACGCAAUCCCAACAGUAAUAAUAAAACGCGUACAUCCCCAACACCGUGCAUAGUUUAUAGGAAACCACUUUCCUGCAGUAAUCGUGCCAUCUUCUCGUCUUCUCUUUCUCUUGGUUCUCGCUGCAAACUGGUAUUCCAGAAUUGAUCACCAUAGUCCAC